AUGAGAGUUGAAAAUCCAUGCCCUUACUGGGAAGACAUGGAGCGCUAUGGACACAGUCUACACGAGCAUAGUAGGUAUCUCAACUAACGAGAUAAAUAUUUCUUCUGUUAGAGAGCAAGCGCUUUGAGAAACUGAGAGAAACAGAAAAAAAAAGGGCUGCCCAGUUUAGGAUGGAGUGUGCAUUUGACGCACAGAACCUGAUCUCCAUUUCUUUGAGGAAAAUCCAAAGCUCCAGGACGCAGAGAGGAGGCAUCAAGCUCCACAAGAACUUGCUCGUAACCUACGUCCUAAGAAACGCCAGACAGUUUUACAUGAGCAAAAACUCAUUGCAGACGCAGAGAAGACCCCCGUGUGAGGAUGCGGCGGUGGUCCGUGGGAGACAAGAGUACCUCGAACUGUCUAGCAGCUUCACGGAGUUGGCGGAUGACUUCUACUGCAACUUUACAGGCGUGGAGUCGGACACUUGGCACUGCGGAGCGCACCAGCCAAGCGCACAGCCGACGGAGCUGGCGCGCCAAGACGCCUCUGCGUGCGCAAUGGUUCCAAGUGACUCUGACCUCAUGGUUGCAGAAGCCUGCUGGAGCUGCGCGGACAAAUCUUCCUGGGAGUUACCCAUCCCGAACACACAAGCCAACCAAAAGACUGUCCUGGACUUAGACACGCAUGUGGUGACAACUGUGACGAACGGAUACUUCCACUCAGACUGUUGCGCGCAGCCAAAACAGCCGCAGGCGGGCGCGCAUUGCUACACCGGGAAGCGAAAGAUGGACACAAGUUAUUAUAUUGUUGACCCGGAGUUUUAUUUACCGGACUUGGUGCCUGUGCCGUUCAAGAGGAUGAGGAGCGAAGAUGAGGAUGAUGGUGAUUUACAGUCGGACUCUGAACAGCUGGAAAGCUCCAACAUCUCCAACCUGAUCUCGGUUCUGGGAUCAGGUGGUCUAUCUGAGUUUGUGAGUUGGCAGCAGAUGGACCUUGAGCAGAUAUUCGGCUCUCAGACAAUUUGUUUAAAGCAAACACUGUUGGCAGGCAGUGGUUGGACCAGAGCUAUCGAAGCGUUUUGAUUUGUGUAAUGUUUUUUUGUUUUUUUAAUUGUAUGAUUUUACUUUGUUGUUUCCAAAUAAACCAUGACACGACUGCAA